UUCUCUUUAAGAGCACUUCAAAGCGUUUGCGGCGCUUAAUGGAUCGCGCGCUAUGUUUAUGGUUUGCGUUCACGUUGUUUCAUAGAGUUAAUAUUUUAUGCGUUCGGUCGAACGAUUGGGGGACACGGGAAAAGUGUUGCGAAAGAGCGAGAAAUCACGACUUUGAGUUAGCUCGACACUGUGCGCCUAUUUGUGUGGCACUUGACGCAUGAGCAGGCUCGUUGAGCGAUCGACAGUUGACGAUCAGCUCAAAAUUCUCAAAUGGAGGCUAUGAACAGCGAGAACUCGGAUGAUACCGUGCAGCAGCCGGACGAUACUACACAACAAUCAGAUAAUACUAUAGGAGAGUUGGAAAGUACUGUAUCACAAUUUGACAGUGCUGUAGAACAGGCAGACAAUGCUGUGGAACAGGUGGACAAUGCUGUGGAACAGGCAGACAAUGCUGUGGAACAGGCAGACAAUGCUGUGGAACAGGCGGACAAUGCUGUGGAACAGGUGGAUAAUGUUGUGGAACAGGCGGACAAUGCUGUGGAACAAGCAAACAAUGCUGUAGAGCAGACAGACAAUGCUGUGGAGCAGACAGACAAUGCUGUGGAGCAGACAGACAAUACUGUGGAGCAGACGGACAAUGCUGCGGAACAGACAGACAAUGCUGCGGAACAGACAGACAAUACUGCGGAACAGACAGACAAUGCUGCGGAACAGGCAGACAAUGCUGUGAAACAGGCAGAUAAUGUUGUGGAACAAGCAAACAAUGCUGUAGAGCAUAUGGAUACUACUGAACAGAAUCCUAAGACUAGUGAUGAUGCAACAUCUCAUACUGAAAAUACAGAUAAACCAGUUCCAAUGGAAGUAGAAUGUGAUCAACAAUCAAAAAGUGAUUGUAUUGACUUCACCACUGAUAUCAGCUUAGAUCAAUUGGAUGUACAAAAAGAGUUGACAGAUGAAGAUGUGAUGAAUCAUUUGGAUGUAAUUGAAAAUAUUGAAUUGGAUCCUGAAACAUUUGGUAUAGAUAAACCUGAAAAAGAUAUUAAUCAAUCUUCCAAAAAUAUGGGAGGAAAAACACAGCAUGAAGAAGUAAUAAUACUUAAUGAAAUGAGAGAAGGAAUAAAAGAAAACUGGUAUAAAAAAAAAAUUGCAGAUAAAGAGGCACUUGUUAAAGAAAGACUAUCAAAAUUGGCUCGAGUAUUAGGAAUCACUUAUCCUCAUUAUGAGAAAUGGUUAGAAAGAAUAGAAAAGAAAGAAGGAUCACCAAUGUGCAAGCUUGAUCCCUUUCGAUGUUGUCCAUUAGAUAAACCACAUACAAACCGAUGGAAAUUUGAAUGCAUAAUGAAAGAUAUGCAGGCAACUGCGGUGGAAAAGGAUAACCCAUCCUUUAACAAGGCAGUCUGGCAUCUUGAACCAACUUCAGCAUGGGGUGUUGAUAUCAAUAACACAUCCGAAUUUCCGUCCUUCGUAUUAAAAGCAGUCAAGAUAUUUGAAGAUUUUCUUCAAACAACCGUAACGCCGUCACUAGACACAGCAACGUCUGAUGAAAAUCCAUCGAACGACACGCCUACGGAUUCGAAAGAAAACGUGGUGCAAAUAAAACAAAUAUGGAUGUGGCUGUUAGUACGUUGCAAUAGUAUGGAUGAGCUCAUGCUCUUCGCAACUGGAAAGAAUAUCAGCCGCAGCACUAUGGACCGUCUGAAACAGAUAUACGAGUCGGGUCCGGGAAAAGAUUGCAAUGUCAAAUCUCUGUAUUGCAAAUCGAUGAACAAAUGCGCUAACAAUAAAAUCAUUACAAACACGACGUUCUUAGUGGGAGCAGAAGCUCUAGACGAAGUCGUCGGCAGUCUGAAAGUACAGCUCUCACCAAAGACCAACUUUUGGUCGAAUGCUGCUGGCGCAUUGAACGUAGCCAAAGCAGUCAUGGACAUGCUUAAACCUACGCCGAAAGUGACAGUACUCGAAAUCGGCUGCGGCACUGGCGUGAUUGGACUUAUGAUGGCAUCUAAAUGUCUGGAAGUGAUAGGAGUUGAUUCACCGACGGAAAUCGAAGAAGCCGAAAUGACGUGUGAAUUGAAUAACUUUACAAAUGUGUCUUUCAUAAUGGGCUCUCCAGCCGACGUGGUGAAUAAAAUAAAUAACGCCGUGAAAAAUCACGCGACUUACGCCAUAGUCAACGCGAACACCAAUAUGGGCAGAGCCGUUGAAGUAAUGACAUGCUUAAGAAAACUCACGUCUCUUCGGCGUAUCGUAAUGGUCACUACGUUGACAAAACAAUCGGUCCGUGCGGUAUUAGAACUCGCACGGCCUAUCGAAGAUGGGCUCGGUCAUCCUUUCAUGCCGACCCGGGCAUGCGUUGUCGAUACCCUGCCGAACGGGCCUCAUUUCGAGGCGGUUAUUCUAAUGGAACACAGACUCAUGCAUAGACUCACGCAGCCGUGGUUCCUCAAGAUACUGGAGGAAGAGAGUAAAUCCUUGGAGAACACUAGGGCUUUAGAGAAAGAGAUCAAUAAUAGCAGCGGUGUCGAUACUGUCGACACGUCGCCGAAAAAGAAUCCGUUAGCGAAUACCGGAUUCGUGAAAAAACCGAAAAAGACGAGCUCCGUGAAAAGCGGCUCGAGUUCACCGGUGAAAGGUAAAAUCAGACUGAAACGAGAAAACCAAUCACCUGAAAUAAUCGAAAUACCUAAGAAAAUAACGAAAAAAUUCGACAAGCCCGUAUAUAACAAACAGUGGAAACAGCAGGAUGUUACAGCUAAGAGAAAGAAUUGGCUUCAUGAUAACUCAGCGCUUCGUAUUAAUCCUUUAUUCGACAAAAAAACAAGAGAUAAAGAGCAAGUCGACCUGCGUACAAAAUUGUCGAGUAACAGAAUCGACACGGAUUUAGUGCAAAAAGUAAAUGAAAGCCGGGAGAUUCUCGAAGCGGCCAAAGAGAAACUAAGCGGUCCGUCUCCCACCGUUGACGUGACGACCGCGAAGGAAUUACAAAAUGUCCUGAAUUUGGUUCUCGAGCAGACCAACAAGCUUCAGAAUCAGCUACCGCGCUCGGUGUGGGAUCGCAUCGCGCCACCUGACACCACACAAAGUACGGUUCAGGUGAAGACCGAGCUCGAUGACGAUCCGCUUCUGAAAGGUCGCUUCGUGCAGGAGACUCAGGCUCAAGAUAUCGUCAUAACAACGGCGAACAAAGAAUACAUGGAAUCCGAGACCGACGUGAAGCCGCCUUUCAGGAAAUAUCAUAACUUAAUGCCGUUAGAGCCAAGCAGGGUGGUGCCGGUCUCGUUGACAACAGAUAUAAACACUAAAAAACCGGACUUCUAUCAGAGAUCGUUCGACAACAGAGGCAGACAACAGAACCAAGGCAACUUUUGGAAUAGGAACAAAAGUUUCGACAGAAAUCGCUGGAGCGAUACCGCGGGACCCACGAGAAAACCUGUCUCUCCGAUGAGAAAGCAGAACUCACCGUUCAGGCACCGUUCAUCACCGAGAAGAUUAUCGCCAAAACGCCCGUUACUGUCACCGUCAAGACGUCAGUCCUCGCCGUCUAGGAGACAUCUUUCAGACAGACCGAUCUCGUCGCCUUCGUUAUCUUCGUAUCAAGGACGUAAUUCUCAUUCUCACCGCGAAUAUUCGCCUCAAAGACGAAAUAUGAUGUCACUGUCCACAUCAUCUAGCGGUGGUAGACGCGACAUGUCACCACCGAGACGCUCGUUCUCACCAUCUAACCGAGCAAUGUCACCGUCGAGGCGGCCGAUGUCAUCACCGAGGCGACAGAUUUCUCCAAUGGAGUGUCGGCCAAUGUCUCCGGUGCAGCAAAUGUCACCGUCAUGGCAAACUUCGAGCCUGUCUCCACCGAGACGACAAAUGUCUCCGGUGAGAAUGUACAGCUCGUCAACAAGACAGAUGUCUCCUAUGAGGAGACCUGUGUCUCCCGAGAGACACAGGCCGAUGUCCCCUAUGAGACGGCAUGUCUCUCCGGAAAGGCGACCCAUGUCGCCCGUCGGCAGAAUGUUGUCUCCGCCGAGAUCUAGAGGCAUGAUGCAGCCGAGGCAUCAGUCGCCUAUAAGACGUUCCUCGCCGCAUAGAAUGCCUCCUGGACGUGAAUUCUCGUCGUCUCCAAGACGACAGCAGUCUCCACCGAGGCGACAACAGUCUCCGCCAAGGCGACAGCAGUCUCCGCCGAGGCGACAGAGCCCGCCGCAAAACAGAUUCGCGGACGAGUGGGACAUACCAAAUCGUGGCGCUGUCGAGCAAGGCAUUUGGCAACAUCCCGUAAACGAAAACAAUUGGCGUAACGACAGACAGUCGACAACCAGCGGAAAUUGGCAACUUUCUGACAAUGACAGAUACCGCAAGUCGCAGAACCAACAAGAUAGAUCUUGGGAUAUCAGAGAUUCCACGUCUCACGGGAAUUCAUGGGCGUCUAAGCAACCACUCGUGAAGCCUAAUAUGAAAGAACAAUGGAAUCAGAAUUCAGACAACAAUAGAUGGUCUGGCCCGUCCAGAUCAGGAAAUAAUGGCGAUAAUUGGAAUAUUCGAGGGAAGGACAAUAUGGGCGGUCGUAAGGAAACUUGGAUGGACGCGGACAUGCCGCGUUGGGAACAGCCGCAGUCUAACGACUCUUGGAAUCAAGGAGACAAGGACGAUUGGAAUGAACUGCCGGAGGACGCGCGAGAUCCCUGGGGCGAUGACGGCAAUCUCGAAAUGAAGGAAAGGUGGAUGAACGUCGACAAUCAAAUCGUUGUGCCGUCCAAUUGGUCCAGGGAGACGGACAAGGGAGAUUCGUGGUCGAAGUCCAAAGAUAGUUGGCAGAACAAGUCUCAAACUUUCUCAGCGAAGCCACAAUGCCAAAGCAGCAGUAAUUCGAGCAUGAACGAUUCGCGCUGGCUAACUCCCAACGAGACAAAUAAGAAAGCACCGUCGACUAGUUGGCAAGGAGGAGGCAGUAACGUUGGAACAUGGCAGCAAUCAUCAACCUACAACAACAACUUUCAGUCGCAACGGCCCUUCAACACUAAUAUGUUUAAGGAUCGACGUUAGAUAAGAUGUUUAAAUAAGAUACUUCGUUGUAAAACACUUAGAUUACCUAAUUGUUUGAUGUUAUUUUGCGUCAUCACAUUGUUUCAUUAUGUGCAAAAUUGUCGGUUCUUUUUUCUUUUUUUUUUCUUCUGAAAAAAUGUCAUUAUUACACAAGAAUACAUAUAUACAUACAUUAUCAUAAUAAACAGAUUAUUAUCACAACAAAUAUAAUAAGUUGAGUAAAAUUACUCAAUUAGAAUAAUUAGAUCACUAGAAUGUCUAAUCGUAAUUCGAUGUUUUGUAAGAUUGUUGGUUUUUUCAUUUUUAUUUUAGUUUAUGCUUACUUAUGUUUAUCAUAAUGAUACAAUUUGUUAUGGUAUACAAUGAUACAUUCAAUGAUAGCACAUUAGUACAAUUUAACAUAUUAAGUGCCUUGGAAACGUUAUAUGUGAAUGUAAACGUCGAAUUCAAUUUUCAACCGCUACGUGUGGUUGUAUAUCAAUGAAUCGAAUUAUUAAUCACAAAAAUUGCCAAUUAGAUAUCCAAUUAGGUAAAAUUUGAUUGGCAAAAUCACUCCUAAUUGGAUAAGUAAACUUGUUACUGCUGAAAUUCAUGCGUUAUGCAAAUAUGGGUGAUGUGGCACUUGAUGUGUUAAAUGUGUUAAGUAAUGAAUCAAUUUUAACAGCAUAUUAUAUAUUUUAUGAAUUUGAAUCUAUGAAAUAUACCGAAAAAGUUACAAUUUUUACUAAGGUAGAUUCGUGACUAUAAAUUAAAUAUAUGGUGAGAUAUAGGCAUGCAAUUAUUUAUUAGUGCUUAUAUGUAACCCACGAAUUUUAUAUAUAUUCGAAAUAUUCUAUAUAUAUAUAUAUAUAUACAUAUAUAUAAUUAACAAAAUAAAAAAUAUAUUUACAGAUCAAUUAUAACAGAGACGAGUAUUUAUAUGCCGAAUAUGUGCUUUGUAAUUUAUCAGAAUUGACAGUCUUACAAAUAAUUUAUAAGAAAUGGAAAGAAUUAUAUAAUUGAUACUUAUUUGUAGGUUUAAAUUGGCAUGUUUUAAUCGAUUUUCUCGUCAAAAGAAAAUGCACGUUCUGUUAAUGAGGAGAAUUGUCUUGCUGUUUGUGAAAAACCAAAUAUUAUCUUGCAAUUCAUAAAACCAAUGUAAUCAUUUAUACAAAUAUUUAACUUCGUUAUCUCUGUGCUGUUAUAAAACAUUGAUAAUGUUAGUUUAUUAUCACCAAAAUAAAUUGUAUCAACUUAUAA